AUGGAAAUGAGCUCUACAAACCCGAACAUAAAAGGUCUUGAGAAGACUUUCAGGAUAGAUGUUUUCCUGCUGUUUUUCCUGAGAGACAACUAUAAAGCAUACAAAUUUUUGGAAAAACAACUGUCGUCAAUCGGCUGCACAGUGGAGCUAAAUUUUGAUGAAGAGGAGGUUUUGGUUAGAGGAGAGGUUGACAAGGGGCCAGGAGGAGGAUUUGGUGGCGCUGCAGAGAAAUGGGAGUGUCAAGUGGAUCGGGUCUUUGUCCAGCUCACUGAAACCUACCUCUGCUAUCAUGUGCUUGAGCCAAAGCAGUUGAAAAUGGUACUGCAGGACUCGGCCUUUAAGACAGAUGAUAUCAAAGUUUACACAGAGAGAAAGAGUGUUCAGGCUCUUGGUAAUGGUCUGAAGAAGUGUCUGGAGCUUUGUGUACAGCAGAAUUUGUGUUCAGUGGCCAUUCCAAUCAUUGGGCCAGGUGUUAUUUUAAAAUACCCGCUGAGAGAAGCUAUUCAAGUGUUGACUGACGUCAUUCACCAGUUUGGAUUAUCUGCAUCCUCUGGAUCUAUUACAAACAUCCACAUUGUCAUUAAACCUGGUUACCCUGAUUCUGAGGAGUGCUAUCAUGAUGUCUACAAACAGCUCAGCUUAAUUAUGAACCAGGGAGGCCAAGCAAUCUUCAGGUCCCUUACCAGUGACCUAGAUGACAUCAUCAUGACAGUGGGAAGUGGAGUUAAACUACACGUGGUGUUUGGUGACAUCACUAAUGAGACUACAGAUGUUGUGGUGAACACAACCAACUUCAAAAGUUUUGACCUUGGUAGGUGAAACUGGGGAAAACAAGAAGGUGUAGUGAGCAGGACAACCCAGUUGCAUCUGUAAAAUUAUUUUUAUCCACAAUGGUAGCAUAGCUCUUUACAGCUGUUCAUUAAUAUCUGCACAGAAAUGGGGAUGCCCAUAUGAAUAUAAUCUUUGAAGAUCAAAGUUUUCAUCUAGCAUUAUCAGUAGGUCACGUAUAUUAACUAAAAACCAUAUAAUUAUAUAUACUCAGCAAAAAUACAAUAGAUAGUCAUGGUCCAGCAGCAUAA